GGGUGCAGCUGCUAAUACAGUAGCGGGUGCAGCUGCAUAUUUUUGCAAUAAAAUUGUUAUGUUGUAAUGGAAUUCAUGCAUUAGUUUUUGUUUGCUUUGAACCCAGAGCAGACGUCACACGCCAGACGACAUCAACACUGCAUACUUUAGUAUUUGUUCAUUUAUCGUGAGUAACAUCGAUAACGCAAUAUUAAGCACUGUUAUCGAAUAUUGUAGGUUUUCCUAAUAUCUUGCAGCCCUAAAAAUAAUUUAAGCCUCCUCAGCAUCUUUGUGAAGCCUCAUGAUUUUUAUGAUGAAUGACCUGCACUUGUGUAGCAGAGUCAGAGGACUCCAAACGCUUUACAUUACAGUGUAUCAUUUAUCCAUGCACACACUGAUGGUGAUGAGCUACAGUGUAGCCACAGCUGCUCUGGAGUGCGCUGUCAGAGACAGGUCCCUCCGACCACCACCAACAGGCGGGGUGUGUUAAGUGUCUUGCCCAAGGACACAACAGCAGAAUUCUCUGUCCGGAGCCGGGAUCGAACCUGCAACUUUCUGAUUACUGGACAACCCGCUCAACCUGUUACUGCUGCCCCCUUAUUUUGAGAGGUGCUAUAUAAAAGAUUGUUUUCUUUCUUCUUUCCUUCUGCGCUGUCAUCCUUUAAAGGGACUUUACGGAGUUUUGAAUUUUUAUGCUCGCGAUUGCCCCCUCAGGCCAAAAGCGUAACAGCAGCUUCAAUAGUAGGCUCGUGCACGAGGCUCGCAUGCUGUACGUGCACACUCCUUAAUGAAAAUAACAGCUGAGACAGUCAGCUCCAUGUGUGUGUGUGUGUGUGUGUGUGUGUGGCCCGGAAGACAGAGGACAGGAGAACGUGCAGCUAAUUAAUUAAAUAAUUUUUUUCUGUACCUUUCUCUUCAGCACAGCCGAUAAAGGUUUAAGAUGGGUCAGUCCUCCUGCAUGCUCUUGAAAAAUUGUUCCAAAAUGAAAGUUGAACUCACAUCUUUUUUAUCUGUGAAUUCAAUGCCGUUCGGCGAGUCUCAAAUAAAAAUUUGGGCGUCUUACUGUAAAAAAAAUACCAUUAAUGUAAAAAAGAAACUCUAAAUAAAUUAUGUUCACAUCCAGAAUCAAACCUGGGUCUUCUGCACGUAAGUCCGACGACUUACUAGGCGAGCUACUGCUUCAGUGACGUCACUUGUAUUUGUAGCAUUUUUAUCCUUGAUGACAGCUGAAACAACGUUCAAAGAACGAUUCGGAGGGCCAUGCCUGAGCGUGAACGCGCAUGAAGCAGCCUGCUCGACCCGAGCAGCUCUCUUUUUCUGUGAUUUUACAGAAAAACAGGCAAUCACAGUAAAAAUGCCAGGGCUCAUUCUACAGGACCAGGGCAUUGCAGGAGAAUAUACGAAGAAGAAAUUUAUUAUUUCUAUACAUGUUUUGGCUGUCACACUUCCAUAAUGCCCCUUUAAGUUUAAAGUUGAAAAUAGGAGCUCUGUAGUAAGGAUACAUGAAUUUAAUAAACAUCUGAAACUUGAGUUAUAUUCAGAUUCAGGCUUUACUUAAAUCUUAUGUCUCUCACUUUUCAGUAACUAGCUGUUCUAACCUACUUUUAAAGGUGCUUUUCUGGUUAGCUUUGGAUAAUUUAUGCUAAAAGUGUCAUAAUAAAAACCACCAGGACACUCUAAGGAACAAAAAUAAUUCAAUUAAGUACAUACUAUCACAGAUCUGGAAGGGAUAGAGGCAGAUUUGUUUUUUUUUUGUUAAACUAAAACUGACAGAUGUGUCACUGACACACUGCUUUUAGUUUAAGCACCAUUUGAAUGAGGACUUUUUCCCAGCACACUUCAUUCGACCCCUUGCCCUGCCUGGGAGGCCCGGGUGUUUGUUGCUGCCUCCUGGCAUAUAAAGUUUCAGAUGAGCACGUCACAUGACAGCUAGUGGAAAUUUCCACUUCUCGCUCUGAUUGUGAAUAAGAUGCUGCUGCUUAUAAACACGACCACUGAACAAGGUUUAAGGGCCGAGUCAAACUGGAGAAGUAAUAAAUACUUUUGUUGUUCAAAGUUUUUUCUGAAAAAGUCAGUUUUAGACGUUUUGGAACAAAGACUGUUCAUCAGCUAAGUGAAAUAACACAAUCUGCCCAUGUGACAUGUACAAGUUGGGGAGUUUAUUUUGUUUGGAUAAACCAUACAGUCAGUUCACUGUAUGAUGAAUAGGUUAUUAAAGAGCAAGUCACCCCCUGUCAUACACUGUCGAAAUGGAAGAAGUGCUUCUAUCUGCUCAUGUCUCAAAGAAAAUCCCAAAUCUAGAUGUAAUGAUGCCACAUGCAUGUCAGACUAAAGUUGGGGGAUAUAAAAAACUUUUCCAGGUGAUCGCUUCUGAGAUCCUCUGUGCAUAAUCCAGUCACCAGUUGGUGCUCCACAGCAAAGAACUAUGACGUGGGAAAAGGAAAAAGAAGACUGGAGCACUCAAAGUGACAAAAUAUUUAAUAGGUGUCUUCGUCAGAGUAAGUGAGUUACUCUGAUGAAGACACAAGCGGGUGUUGAAACGUUAGUCUUUUUUUGUGCAUGCACCUAUUUAAUAUUUAGUCACUUUGAGUGCUCCAGCCUUCUUUUUGCUUUUCCAGGUGAUAUUUGUCAGGAACGACAGCUACAACUGACUUACCCGAAACCUGCACACACACCAAACGCCUCAGCCGCUGUUGCCCCAAUGCUGGGAUUUUAAAUUGAACUGUAAGGUGUUGUUUUAUAUGCUGUAAAACUAAAGUAAAUGUUUGUGCAAUAAAACAAUUUGACCAACAAUGAUUCCUGCCCCCAGGAAAAGCUCCAGGUGCUGACCUCUGAUAUCACUUAACUAUCUGCCAUUGAUUUUCUAGAGGUUUUUGUUUGUGAAGCGCAGAUGUUAUUAUAUUGCAUGUUAGUGUUUCAUAGAUUUUUUUUCUUGAAGCCAGCAGAUGGAAAAAUGUAAUAAAAACUGCUGUUAUGAGUGGAGGUUCUUAUCUCCAGAGGAAGUUAAGAGUGUGGGGCAUGACAUAAACAGCACCUAAGCAUUUAUAGCUUGGCCUGUCUCAACGAAGUUUAGAAGCACAUGGCCGUUCACCUUAGCCUGGCAAGCCAGACUAAAUAUAUCAUUUAGUCUGGCAGCGCUCCAUUGACGGCUCUCAAUCGUGGAGCGGGUUCUACCGUUGUCUUUCAAACCAUCUCCACAUGUUACAGGACAAUGAACAAUGUGACAUACUCACCACAAUGGAUGUCGGUAAAUGAGGACGUCCGCUAUUGAUGAAGACAAAAAUACAUAAACUUUUCUAAAAAAAUAAAUAAAUAAAAUAACUUAAAUACAUCUUUCUGCUCCUGAUUUUAUUAAAGCCCAAGUCCAAAUAGUCCAAAGUUGACGCAAAAACCGUUUCAAACGAGCUGUCGCCAUCUUGUUCCACUAUGUUGCAUCAUCCCGCCCACCAGAGGAAUAGAGGGCCCUGAUUGGCCCACAAAGCAGAUAAAGCGCUGUGAUUGGUUCACAAAGCAGAUGGAGCGCUAUGGUUGGCCCACCAAUAUGGACAAAUCACAGCUCUCUAUGCGUUUGAAACCCCUCUAGAGAGCUGUGAUUGGCCAGCCAGAAUGCUGCUAGAUGCUGCAGAGGUUCUGAUGGAGCGUUCCUAGACCAAACUUUAAAAAGCAAGAAUUUAGGCUAGUUCACUAGGCUAGGUUCACCUCAUUUUGGCAAAUAAAUGUAACAUGUAAACAAAUUAAACUGUGUGACAUAAAAUAUGUUUUGAGUCUAGUCACACAGGGGUAAGGUGUAUGUCUGUGAGUCAUUAUCAAAUCACUAAAGUUUCUCACCCAUAGUCAUGUGUUUUCUCUCAUGAAUGCAAUGUGCUGUGUGUAAUGUUUGGUUAUGUAAUAAGGUGAGGUCAUGUAAAAAUGUCAGACUGAGGGAGAUGGUUGGAGAAAUAGAGGAAAAAGACACCAUUUUCUAACCGGGAGUUGCUGUUACUAGUUCUCUGGGGUUUCUCUCAGAGGGUUUUUGCACCACAUCACAUUUAGUGCUAGUGCACUAUCUAUCUAGUGAACUAGACCAAAUUCUUGCUUUGCAAAGUUUGGUCUAGGAAUGCUCCACUGGAACCUCUGCAGCCCCAACAGCAUUCUGGCUGGCCAAUCACAGCUCUCUAGAGGGGUUUCAAACACAUAAAGAGCUGUGAUUGGUCCAUAAUGGUGGGCCAAUCAAAGUGCUCUAUCUGCUUAGUGAACAAAUCACAGAGCUUUAUCCGCUUUGUGGGCCAAUCAGGGCACUCUAUAUGCCUGGUGGGUGGGAUGAUGCAACCGAGUGAAACAAGAGUAUGUCACAUUCAUUGUCCAGUAGCAUGUGGAGAUCAUUUGAAAGACAACGGUAGAACCCGCCCCACAACCGAGAGCCGUCACUGGAGCGUUGCCAGACUAAAUAAUACAUUUAUUUAGCCUAGCUUGCCAGGCUACUACAUCUACACUUCUAGCAUGACCAUUGGUAAGUGCUGGAUAACAGUUUGGUCACUUUUUUUUUGAAUAUUUUUAUAAAAGUAAUCAAAGUUCACGAUGAACCAAAUAUUCACAGAAUAGUGUUUUUCGUACACAUGAAGCUAAUUAGCUGUAUUAUCCAUUACUAAAUUUGUAACUGAGCUUUGAGCCCAUCUAAAAUCAGUUUUUGUAUUUGAUACGAUUGUGUUGUCAUUUUACUGGGAAAGUGGUCAUUUUCAUGAGAAACCAUUUGUAAAACCUGGUAUUUGCAAUGACACUAACCCGUGUUGUUUUCGUUUUCAUGAACCCACUGACUCUAACGGGUUAGAUUUCUAGAUCACUUGGUGUUCCCAAGAUGCUCUUGGUCAGUGAAUCUUGAUACUAUAACGUUGUUACACAGAGCAGAAGCCUUCUUACUGUUGAGACUGAUUUCCACGGGCAUUGCAAUGAAAGUAAUCUGAAGACUUACAGGCUGGUUUACUCGCAUACAGAAACGAAAAAUAAAAACUCCUCUAGUUAACUAAUUACCAGCUCAUUGGUGAAAGGAUGUGUCAUUUGUUAUCAACUUAUUAUAAACUGCGUAACAAUCAUCUCUAAUUGUCAUGCUCUUGUAAAUUUUGAGUUCCAGAUUUAAUGAUGUUAGGAAUUCAUUUUUGUUGAGCCUAAACAUACAAUUUCACUUCACUUGACAAGGAUUGGAAACGAAACAGAAAAUUUGCUACAAAAGAAAAAUGCAAGACAAGUAUUUUAAUUUUAAAAAUCUGCUAAACGUUCGUUCCCAGGGGAUGAUGUAGUACUCUUCAGUUACUUGUCAGUGUUUGACUCGAGUCCACCCUCAGGUCUAUGCAGAAAGCACGCUACGUUUGUGAACACGGGGGAGGUUGCUGUGUCUGUUCAGACGAAGAAGCCCAAAGUCAUGGUGGAGAGGGCUUUGAGUGUUAGUGUAAAGAGAAGCUAUGAUCCAAACAUCUGAAAGAGAGGCAAACGGACACAUCUGUUUCUCAAGUCCUAUCACAUUUCAGGAGCUUGUCACAGAUCUGCUCAGACUUCUGCUCUUCAGCAUGAAGGCACCGCUUGGAAUAUCCAUGAGCUCCGAUUUCCCACACUACAGUUUCAGGAUGCCAAAUAUAGGGUUCCAGAACCUUCCCCUAAAUAUCUACAUAGUGGUGUUUGGGACUGCCAUCUUUGUCUUCAUCCUCAGCCUCCUCUUCUGCUGCUACCUAAUAAGGUUACGGCACCAGGCACACAAAGAGCUGUAUGCAUACAAACAAGUUAUUCAGAAGGAAAAAGUGAAAGAGUUAAACUUACAUGAGAUUUGUGCGGUGUGCUUGGAGGAGUUCAAACAGAAAGAUGAGCUGGGGAUUUGCCCGUGCAAACACGCCUUUCAUCGAAAGUGCCUCAUUAAGUGGUUGGAGGUGAGGAAAGUGUGCCCGCUGUGCAACAUGCCCGUCCUGCAGCUCGCCCAGCAGGCAGGAAGCCCCGACCCCCCCGAGCCUGUUCAGCAGCCGUUGCCAGGUGUGGAGAAUCUGGUGUAGCGGACUCUGACCUUCUUUUUACACACACAAACAAAUAAAAAAAACACUCAUGCUCUCACAUUCACUCUUUGGUGUGAGUGUGUGUGAGGCCAGACUGGACAAACUGGAGUUAUUGUAAAAAAAAAGAAAACUGUGAUAUAAAAGCUGCCAUCAUCUCCCAUAUUUCAACCUUGGAUAAACGACGGACUUCCUGACAUCACAACCCGGACUUGUGGAUUUUUCACAACCAAAGCGCUUUUCUGAAGACCGGGAAGAAGAAAACGCAAAAGCCAAGAACUCCAACACAACUUUUUACUUUUUUAUUUUAAUCAAGCACUUUAUAAGAUGGCAAACAUUAGUUGCUUGUGGCUCUUAGUUCCAUUGUUACUUUAUAUUUUAAAUAUGAUACCUUCUUAUGGUUUAUAUUUCAAAUGUGGUAUUUUUGAUUUUCAAACCUUGGUCUCAAAGGGACAGUAGCAGGUGUGAUGGUGGGGUCAAUGGUUAGCGAGCACAUUCACACAGCAGCUUAUGCUCUGAGCGUUAGAAGUACAAGAAAUGUACAUUUAUGGAAUAUCUGCUUUUAAAAGGAAUUACACAGAUUUAAAAAAGAGUGUUUUUUAUGCUCAAGGCCUUCAGGAGCUCUCCACCUGAAAACAAGAAUUCAGAGUUACUAAAUCUGACAUUUUAACAUUCGUGCUUUGUUUUUUAUUUCUAAACCAUUUCAAAGAACAAACAACUGUAAUUUAUCUGAAUUUAAAGGUGUGGAACACUGAAAACCCAUUUUUGAAUGAUUAUUUCGGAUUAUAAUCGGCCACUGAGUUUUUCAUGCAGACUGAACAUGAAAAUAGUCUCCUACACCUAUCUCCUGCGUUAGCUUCUCUUAGCCUGACAGAUCUACGCCACACUGACAUUCAUGGACUCACCCAUCUUGACUCGUUGUUGGUUUAGCGUCCAGGAAACGGCAGAGAACAUCUUGACUAGCAGAAGCUAACCGUUAGCAUUAGCAACUCCACCACACAGCAGAACUCCUCCGGGCUUGUUAUUUGUGGAAGUAAAACAUCAGCGUUGAGAUUCAGUGGUAGAGUUGUGUUGUUAUCCAGUCUGAGGCGAGAUGUCCUAAUAUCAGGAAAUAAGACUCCAAAACCGGCGCUCGGAGCUCGGCUGUGAUGGGGCUCACUGCUAGUUCCUGGAAAUGGAACCGCGAAAGUACGACUUACAAGGCAUUCAUCAGAGGCCAGUGCAAAUGUAUUGAUUAAACGAGUGUCCCACACCUUUAACAGAAUCUCUUGAGGUGGCACGGGAGGUUUCCGUUGCUCUUCAGCUGAUAAUUUGAAUGUUUUUGAUGCGUUGGUUUAUAUUAAGGAUUUGCCUGUUUAACAAGAACAAGAUAAAAAGAAAGAAAUGUCAAACCUUUCAAAGAAACUGAAGGUUGCACCACAUAUCCUGCAAGUCAAAUAGAAAUCCUUCCUUUAAAAUGUGCUCAGUCUUUAGUUAUAUUUAUUUUUCUACCUUAGUAGAGUACAUCUAUUUAUUGUUUUCGUGUUAUUUAUAACUCUUGGUACUGCUGCAUCAAGGUACUGGAGUAAAACCAGCACCACAGUAGCGCCCUGAGCUUUCAUUUAGACGGCUGGAGCUGCCUCGCUCAGCGGGUUGUAGUGAAACAGCAUUUUCAUUCAUGCAGCUGCGGUAUUCUGGUGCUUUUGCUUCUGUACGGUACAAGGUGCUUUUGUUUAGCGGCACUCGCACAUCACCUCUGGGCUCGGCUCUUUUUGUUUGCUGCAUUUAGAAAAAUGUGUUGUUGCUCCUUUGAAAGGCUUUACUGUGGAGUCUCCCUGGUGACAUCAGUGGGUAAAAAUAGGUUUCUGUGGCUACAAAUAACAAAAGUGUGAGACGGAGCUCCUGUUUUGCAGCAUUUGGAUGAAGGCUGGCUGCAGGAUAUCCUAAUGCAUUCAAAAAUCAGAGUAAAGUAAAAACAACACAUUUAAAGGGAUACUUUGUCACUUUUUCAUAUUUUUAAACCAUUUUCUUGAGCCAGUAUGUGCUAAAAUGACACUUUACAGGGUACAUGAAAGACCACCCAGACCCUGUCGUCCCAUGUGUCCAGAAUAUUCCACUUGCAACUUCAGACUGGCGGGCCACUCUUUUGGGACUUGACUUUUGAGCUGACAUACCUGGCGCUGCAGUCUGGUUCCAGCACAUUUCCUGCAUAUUUUAGAUCAUGAGCACAGCUGAUUUAUUAUAGUUAGCGAUGAAUCACUCCUGUAGACAUUAAUGAAGGCUGGGGAGGCAUUUCAGCUGUUAAUUUAAGGUGUUAAAAAGAUGAAGGCACAGCUUCAGUUCAAGUUCAAGUUUUGCUUCAGAUUCUACAGACGGACACUAGGGGGUGCUAAAAGCAAGCCAAAGCCGCCUAGUUCCCUUUCAACACUCCCAAGCUGUAUCUCGUAGACACUUUUUGCUACUGCAUCCUGAAACGAUUAUUACUGCCGCACAUGAGAUAUUUAACUUCUGUUCUAGUUGAUGACUUCAUUAUAUGAGCUUUUAGCCACACACUGGUAUUUAUUCUUUUGAUGUUAAAAGGGAGGUUCACAGUGAUGGAUGCGAGAUAAGUUGGAGAUAGAAGGUCGUGCUCGAAUUAAAAAAACAAAACAAGGACAUCAGACAACAUCUAUAUCAGUAAUUAAUGAUUAUCGUUACAUUAGAAGCUGUGUUGAAUGACAUUUAUAAGGAUGGUAUUGAGUACAUCUUUAAACACCCCGCCGAUUGUGUGUGUGUGUGUGUGUGUGCGCGCGCGCGCGUGCAUGCAGAUUAACGUUUUCGAGACGGUGAUGUGCUCACGGUGGCUCUGACCUCUGCUGUGAGUUUCAUCUGCCCACGUGCAGAAGUGACCGCCUUUGGUUGGAAAUGUCAGCUGUUAGAUGGACAAAGCUAGAGAAACGCCAUUAACGCUCGAUUAAAAUAACCUUCAAAAUGCCACAGAGGAUCAAAACAAGUGAAGGUUCUUCACUUUGGUUAUGGCGAGGCUGCGACUGUUUCCAUCUGCUCGUCUUAGACGACGCAUCUUCCCUGCUGUAAAACGUUAUCCCCCAAACUGUCCGUUAUCCUCCUCCAUCCCACAAGAACACACGUCUUAAAGCUUUCUUAAUGGAUCUCCGUGGUUCACUUGAUAACACGAAAGCGCGCUGCUUUGCCUAAAAAAGCCACUCUUCUCACUAUUGUUAAAUGUAAGUGGAUGGUGAGCUCACUCGUACCUUCAUGUAAAGUGCUGCAUGGACGUAAUUUUCACUUUAGAAGUGCAGGAGACACGGGGUGGGGGUGGUGGGGGGUAUCUUUACGGUAUGCUCUAAUGGGAAAGGGCUUCAACACAAACGGUUGUUUUCCGCUUGGUCCUAGACCUCAACCAGUGUCAAUUUAAUACAAAGUAAUUUUAUUUUUGGAUGGUAGAAAGUGCAGGGGUCAAAACUUGACCUUGGAAAAAGUGGGGGGGAUAUGUCUCCCCCCCCCCCCCCGCCCCCCCAAUUACGUCCAUGGCUGCAUCAUGUUUAAUGUUCUCUGACACUUUUACACACGAGCUUCCCCGUUCCCCUUCCUGUGUGCCGUCCUGAUCCCGCUCAAAGUGCCAAGUCAACAUGAAGCGUUAGGAUUAGGAAUUAAAGCCUCAGCCCACAAAUUAGGAAGGCUCUGCGUUUGAGAAGAGAGGGAGUUUCUGCGAGAACAAAAAUAGAACAGGGCUGACGUGUGAGAAUUCAGAAGCAUAACGUCUUCCCACGGCUGAAAUCAUCAGCGUUGCUCCUGAGUGAGCCGUUAUAAAUAGACUCAGUAAACGUGUACCCACACCUGGAGAGGGAGGCAACGGCCUCAUGUUCCAGGGUUUUAUAGGAGGUAGAAAGCAGAACAAAAAUAAGAAAUCUCUGUAAACUUUAUUUAUUUCUCCUCUUUAUUCCUCUAAUUCACCAGUAACCCACUUAACUCCCCUCACCUCUGCCUUUUUUAACACUGAUUAUGUGUGUGACCUCUCACAGACAUCGUUUGUAAAACUAAUAAUUCUGCAGCAGAAUAUUUUUGGAGACUAUUUGCUGUACAGUAUUUGUAAGCUCUAUUUUUAUAUAUUACUUUAUUGGGUGGGUGAAAAUAUGCUUUUUUGUUGUUUUUGCUAGUUUUAUGUUUACUUCUUUGAAGAAAUGUUGCAUGAAACUGACUUGAACUGUAAAUAAAAUGAUCAAGUUUUGGAAA